CUCGCCGUUGGCGUUGGGGUGUCGAAUGUGUCCGCAUUGAUAUACUUCGAUGUUUUUGCUUUUGUGGAGAUCAUUUCGUUAUGUUUGGUUUGGAUCGGAUCAGUGGAAUCGGUGUUAUGAUUGGUGAGGGGAAUGGUUGGAUGAAGCGGCUGAGUGGAUUUUGCAAGAAAUAUGGAUGUUAGAUCGGAGGCUAUACCUUUGAGGUGCGAUAAGCUUCCAACCCCAGUAAUUCCCAAGACCCGUCUCCAAGUGUGGUUCAUUCGCAUCUGUUCCAGCAUUUUGUUAUGGACAUGCCUUGUUCAGUUGGUUGCCGUUGGGGAACUCUGGCAUCCACAGUUGUUGACUGGCUUGUCCAACCAGCUAUCAAGAUUCACUAACUCGGACCGUAAAGAAGAGCUUCCUUCAAUUUCCGCUCCAAUAAUGCACCGGCAGCUUCAGCCUCCAAGUGAAACCGUUUCAAUUCCCCGACAGCUUCAUGUUCCCGCAGAGUCCACUGCAUUGCCCCUACGUCUUUCACCUCCAAGAAUCUAUAGAAGCAACGGUUAUCUUAAGGUGUCUUGCAAUGGGGGCUUGAAUCAAAUGCGUGCUGCGAUCUGUGACAUGGUGACAGUUGCUAGGCUUUUGAACCUCACAUUGGUUGUUCCAGAGCUUGACAAGACUUCUUUUUGGGCAGACCCCAGCAAUUUUGAUGACAUAUUUAGUGUAACACACUUCAUUAAUUCCUUGAGAGAUGAAGUCAGAAUUAUCAAGAGGCUGCCAAAGAGGCUUGGUAGGAAUGCUGCAUAUGAACUUUUAGAGAUGCCACCAGUGAGCUGGUCGAGUGAAAAAUAUUACUUGGAGCAGAUUCUGCCACUAUUCAGCAAGUAUAAAGGGAUUCACUUUAAUAAAACAGACACACGUGUGGCAAACAAUGGGCUCCCUAUCAACUUUCAGAAGCUCAGGUGUCGUGUCAAUUUCCAGGCAUUGAAAUUCACUCCUCAGAUCGAGGCGUUAGGGCACAAGUUGGUUCAAAUUCUUCGAGAGGGGGGAAAUUUUGUGGCAUUGCAUCUGAGAUAUGAGAUGGACAUGUUGGCGUUCUCAGGUUGUACUCAAGGCUGCACUGAUGAAGAAGCAGAGGAGCUGAAGAGGAUGAGAUAUGCAUAUCCUUGGUGGAGAGAGAAAGAGAUUGUAUCUUCAGAGAGGAGAUCCCAAGGUUUGUGCCCUCUGACACCAGAGGAGACUGCUUUAGUUUUGCAAGCAUUAGGCAUCCAGAAGGACACUCAGAUUUAUAUCGCUUCUGGUGAGAUAUAUGGUAGCAGACGGAGACUUGCUGCACUUAGAGCUGCUUUUCCACGGAUUGUGAAAAAGGAGAUGCUGCUAGAUCCAAAGGAUCUGCAACAAUUCCAGAAUCACUCAUCUCAAAUGGCAGCCCUGGAUUUUAUGGUUUCAGUUGCUAGUCACAUAUUCAUCCCUACUUAUGAUGGAAACAUGGCAAAACUUGUUGAAGGUCACCGCAGGUAUCUCGGGUUUAAGAAGAGCAUCCUGCUGGAUCGAAAAAAUCUUGUUGAGCUGCUUGAUUUGCACCAGAAUGGGACAGUUUCAUGGGAUGAGUUUGCAAUUGCUGUUCAGUUGGCACAUGAGAAAAGGGUAGGACAGCCUGCUCACCGGAGAGUUAUUUGGGACAAGCCCAAGGAGGAAGAUUAUUUCUAUGCUAACCCACAGGAGUGUCUCUGCGAGAGGACAGAUUGUUUUGACUUGCUAGUUCCAGGUAACUCAAGUGUUAUCCAAUGAAGCUGCAAGUAAAUCUGUGGCCUGGUGCAAUCGGAGGUUGUAAAUUCUAUGAUUUCUAUCCAGCAAAGUGCAAGAUAGGAGUCCGGAGAUCCUCUGUUUAUGACUUGCCAUCCGUUAAUGGCAGUGUAUGGCCAUUACCAGCCAUGUAAGUUACGGAGGCAAAAACAAG